UGGAGCUUCUCAGGGACUAUCAACAGGGAGUGCAACCGACGACAGAGCAACGAGCUGGGGGAAUGAGAGCCGCUAGAAUCCGCUCCAAUCCUCCUCAACCAAGGCUCCUACCUGCCUGACAACUGCCGGGACACAAUCUUCAGAGAACCAGCUAUCAUACGAAUCCAAUAUCGGUGACUGCUCUCAAUCAUGGAGCUCAGAGUGGGUAACAAAUAUCGACUCGGGAGAAAGAUAGGUAGCGGUUCUUUUGGAGACAUUUACCUUGGUGCCAACAUUGCCACUGGUGAGGAGGUAGCCAUCAAACUUGAAUGUGUAAAGACCAAACACCCUCAGUUGCACAUUGAGAGCAAGUUCUACAAGAUGAUGCAAGGAGGAGUGGGCAUUCCAUCGAUAAAGUGGUGUGGUGCAGAAGGUGACUAUAAUGUGAUGGUGAUGGAGCUUCUUGGUCCAAGUCUUGAGGAUCUUUUCAACUUUUGCUCCCGAAAGUUCAGCCUCAAAACGGUCCUGCUUUUGGCGGACCAAAUGAUAAGCCGUAUUGAGUACAUCCACUCCAAGAAUUUCAUUCACCGUGACGUAAAGCCAGACAACUUCUUAAUGGGGCUCGGCAAGAAGGGUAAUCUUGUGUACAUCAUCGACUUCGGCCUGGCAAAAAAAUACCGUGAUGCCCGCACACACCAGCACAUCCCCUACAGGGAGAACAAAAACCUCACAGGCACAGCACGCUAUGCUUCUAUCAACACCCAUCUUGGAAUUGAACAAUCCAGACGUGAUGACUUGGAGUCUCUUGGCUACGUCCUCAUGUAUUUCAACCUGGGAUCCUUACCCUGGCAAGGCCUUAAGGCUGCGACUAAGAGACAGAAGUAUGAACGAAUCAGUGAGAAGAAAAUGUCCACACCAAUUGAGGUUCUUUGCAAAGGAUACCCCUCGGAGUUCUCCACAUACCUGAAUUUCUGCCGAUCACUCCGAUUUGAUGACAAGCCAGAUUAUUCCUACUUACGACAGCUCUUCAGAAAUCUCUUCCACCGGCAGGGCUUCUCCUACGAUUAUGUCUUUGACUGGAAUAUGCUUAAAUUUGGGGCCACACGGACGACAGAAGAUGGAGACCGGGAGAGGAGGACUGGUGACGACAGGGAUGAUCGAAUUGGUGUUGCUCCCAGGGGUUCCGCAGCGCGAGGACUACCCCCAGGUCCUAACCCUGGACCAGCCAACAGAGUCAGAAACGGACCAGAACAGGCCAUCUCUAAUCCCGCUUCACGAGUCCAACAGUCUGGAAACACAUCGCCUCGUGCCAUUUCUCGUGCAGAAAGGGAAAGGAAGGUGAGCAUGCGACUCCAUCGUGGCGCUCCUGCUAAUGUGUCAUCCUCUGACCUGACGGCCCGUCAUGACCAAUCCAGGAUUUCCACAUCGCAGGUGAGCGUGCCAUUCGAGCACAUGGGAAAGUAAAGCUCCUUGGCUCUGCAUGAACAUUAAAAUGACAGGGCUGCAAUUUUAUUAUCUGUUGCUCUGGACCCUCCCUUCAUUUUUACUUCAACUAAUAAAAAGAUUGAUGCCAAUGGACACGUGGAUCUUUGGACAAGAACAACAAAUUCCAACAGGAUCCAGAGAAGUACUUUUUAUAGUAGCCAGCAUCCAGUCUUUUAUGAAACCUCUGCGAAACCCAGGAUCAUCAUGCCGAUGCAAAAAGUGACAUCAUGGUUGCUCGUGACUGCCCCCCUCUGAGAAACAUUCCCCUACAAAGCUUUGAGUCUUGAUGAAUGAGAGGAAUUGAAGACGAGAAAAGAUAACGGGUCCUAGCAUGUUUCAUUUCAAAGGUCCACUCCUGGUUUUGUUGUUUUUUGUUUUGUUUUUUUAGUCAUAGUGAAAAUUAAACCCUUUCCGGGGAAGCCCAAGAUGGAAGCGUUAAAGCCCAAAGAGGUUUUAAAGGUUUUCUUUUCUUCUGUUUUAUGUGAGUUGCUUGCUUGUCCUUUCUCUAUUUUAACUGUACUUAAAUCUCAAAUAGUAAAAAAUAUCCAGUACCCAUUUCUUAUCACUUAAGUAUGCUCUAUUAUCUUUCACCAUAGUUUCAGAAAAACACUCCCAAAUCUUGAGACGGUGUCUUCGGAAAAUGUCCAUUGUGGUUUCUUAACCAACAAAGAAUGGCUGUGUAAUUUUUAGGAUUUUUUGUUGUUGUUUUGUUUGUUUUUUAACCCUUAGAGGAAAUAGCUGAAAAGUCCAUUAUUAUGGACUAUUUUGGGGGGCUGGGGCCAUCCAUUUAUGUUUACAUCACUGUAAAUAUGUUUUGUUUUUAAGUUCGUGAAGAUUUUUUUUUUUUUUUUUUUUUGGGAUGAAAAGUAGAAAAGUGUGUAUUAAUGGUAUGGGAUAAACAUUUUGUUAUUUACAGUACUAUAUUUUGGACAUUUAUGUUGCUCUGCCAGCUGGGUCAUAAAAGUGUACAUGUGGGUGAAUUAAGGUUAUGGGUGUGAAAGUGUGACUGGCAGUGGAAUGAAUCCCCGAUAGGACUUCAAGGUUCAAUUUGUGUGCUUGUGAGUUGCCCUUCCCCUCUCCCCGUCAGCUAUUUGUUAAACUACUAUGGUUGUCUUGAAAAUGUUAUUUUAAAUGUAUCUUUCUGUAUUGUCACCUGAAGUAAUAUGUGCCAUGUUUGUUUCUCACUUCCCUUCAAAGGCUGUCUGAUCACCUUUAUAAAACACAGGGCUUUCUAUAACCCUCCUGCAGAAAUGAGUCCAAACGCUCGAUGUGACCUUCAUUCUUUUUUUUUAACCUGCGAUCUUGAUGAUGUCAUUCAGAUGAACCCAAGUGACUCAAUUGCAGGGAUGUGUAAAUAGCUUGGUACUCUGUGUAAUUACCUUUGUACAGGCCACCAUGACCCAGUGGCAUUGUAACUGUUGUGUAUAUGUGUAUGCGUGUUGGGGGUGGGUAUGCAAUAGGUUCAGGUGACAGUAUUUCACUUAAUGUAUUGUGUACUGAUAUCUUGUACAGUUCUUUAACACUUUAUUUACAACAGUAAUUGUGUAUAUUUUAUGAAGUAAUAAAACCAAAUCUCACA